CAGCCAUUUUGUUUUAGGUGUCGACUUUCUCUCUCGACGUCGUGUUUUAACAUGGCUUAAAACCCUGCUGUAGUUUGUUUACUUACAUAGGUUUAUAGCUUUAUUUGAUAUAUUUUUCGAGUUGAAUUGCGAAAAAAAAUCUCUUCGUCUUUGUACUUGCAAAUAUUUCUCGAAAAGGUAAUAGCUGGCUGGCUAACUAGAGUUUUUGAGCAACCUCUUUAGCUCGCCUGCUAGCACAGCGACUUUGCCCGCAGCAAAAUGGCGACGAAUACUACACCACAGACUCCGGCGGCUGCCUGGCCAUAUGGGGGCAGUACUGCAACAGAGGCGCCUGUUCAUGAAAACCCUGAGUGGGAGAAAGCGAGACAGGCUCUGGCAUCCAUCAGCAAGAGCCAGAACUCCACCAAAACAUCUGCAAAUAACCACACCAACACACAGGCUGGACAGUAUCAAGCAGCAGUGACUGACACAUCAGCAAUGCAGCAACCACCACCAUACUACCAGUGGUACCCACAGAACCAGCAGCAGUAUGCAGGAUACACUUACCCAUACAACUACUAUUACCCAGUGCCUCCGUAUGCAGGACCAUAUCCCCCUGGUCAGUAUGGUGUUCCUGGAGCCUACCAACAACCAAGUGCUCCUACUGCACAGCACACUGGCAUGACUGGAUUGAAGGAGCAGGCUUCUGGUUAUCCAUGUGAAGCACAGCCUCCACCUCCUGAUGUCCCCCAGCCUCCUCCACAAAGCCCCACCAGCACAGAACAGCCUCCACCUCCUCCUCCCCCUCCCAUACCACCCCCACCCAAUUCUCAGUACCCUCCACCCCCUUCUCCAUCCCAUUAUAAUUCUAAUGGAGCUCUGCCUUAUAGCCCUACUGACUCCAGUCCUGUGAGGACUUACAGUUAUGGGCAGAAUAGACCGGGAUAUCAGGGCUUUCAGGCUCCAACUUACCAAACAUCACAGCAGCAGCAGGGGGCAGCACCAGGACUGUAUGGAGGAGCAGGUCGAGGAGAUUCUAGCAAAAAAGCCAAUAAUGCAAAUGUGAACAAAGGCGGGCAACAUAUGUGGAACCGCAUGAAACAGGCUCCUGGAACCGGAGGUGUGAAGUUUAACAUCCAGAAACGCCCAUAUGUAAUGACCAGUCAAAAUUUUGGAGCUGGUGAGCAGGCAAAUGGAUUGUCUACUUCCACCACAACAGCAGCAGCAACUCCUGUGUCUUCAGUAACAACAGCUACCACUGCAGGAGCAUCUCAGGCUGGGCCUCAAGACUGGCCCCAGGCCAUGAAGGAAUAUGUGCAGCGUUGCUUCACAGCUUGUGAGACAGAGGAAGACAAAGACAGGACAGAAAAGGUGCUAAAGGAAAUUCUACAGAGCAGACUGCAAGAUGGCUCAGCCUUCACCAUUGACUGGACUAGAGAGCCUUUGCCAGAGGUGAAACCUAGACAGUCCCGUUGGGAGACACCACCUCAGCGCUCUCAAGAGAACACUCUUGGUCGAGGGGGAGCAACAAGAGGUAGGGGUGGUGCUCGGCUGGGCAAUUACAGAAAUGUGUUUUCUCAAAGGAGUCCCUCCUCCAGCUCUUCCCGCUCUUCUUCACGUUCGCCAUCUCCUCAUAGCCGUUACAGAGAGAAGAGCAGACAUCGCCGCAGUGACUCUGGGUCUCAGUCUGACAGCAGCAUGUCAAGUGACUUUCGACCACUCUCCCGACGGCAGCGGGCUGGGAGAGGUUGUGGGGAAGAGAGGGAAAAGGGGAGAGGAGCAGCAGUAGAAAGAGGCAGGGGGAGAGGAGGAAAAGCAAACCGAGGGCGAAGGAAUGAUGAUCUGGCUGGUGUUAUUGGUAAGAAGCGUAAGGGUGGAACAGCAGGCCUGGACUUCCAUGACCCGAACCGUGAGGCCAAGAAGCAGAGCCGGGCAGCACGAUUCCACACCAAGCGCACUGAGCCACUGGUACUGAAUAUCAAUGCCAUUGAGCUCCCAAAUGCUUCUCAGGAGGGCCUCAGCUGGGAUGAAUGUCCCAUUGUGGGUACCUGCCAGGACAUCACCAAAAACUAUCUGCGUUUGACCUGUGCCCCUGAUCCUGCCACCGUGCGACCCGUGUCUGUGUUGCGCAAGUCUCUGACUGCAGUGAAGGCUCACUGGAAGACCAAUCAGGAUUACCCAUAUGCCUGUGAACAGAUGAAGUCAAUACGACAAGACCUCACUGUUCAAGGAGUACGAACUGACUUCACAGUAGAGGUCUAUGAAACGCAUGCACGUAUAGCCCUGGAGAAGGGUGACCAUGAGGAGUUUAACCAAUGCCAGACACAGCUGAAAGAGCUUUACAAGGAGUGUCCAUCGAGCAACGUAGGAGAAUUCACUGCCUACAGACUGCUAUACUACAUCUUCACUAAAAACUCUGGAGACUUGACCACUGAGUUGGUGUAUCUCACCCCUGAGCUCCGUCAGGAUGACUGCGUGUCUCAUGCUCUUGCGCUCCGUGCCGCGUGGGCACUUGGAAACUACCAUCGCUUUUUCUUGCUGUACAAGACAGCGCCACGUAUGGCAGCUUACCUCAUUGACAAAUUUGUGGAGCGUGAGAGGAAGUUAGCACUGAGGGCUAUUCUCAAAACGUUCAGGCCCUCUGUGCCGGUGGAGUAUGUACAGUCCAGUCUGGCCUUCCCUUGUUUAGAUACAUGUUUGACUUUCCUGACAGGGCUUGGAGUCACAUUCGUUCAGUCAGAUCCUAAUAAGAUAGAUUGCAAAGCCAGCUCAGCUUGUCUCACCACUUAAGAAAGUGCAAGAGAGGGGUGGGAAAAUUUAAAAGUUGACAGGAGUGAUGAGGGACCAGAUAUCUGCAUAACACAGCCAGCUUAUCUUAGCUUAGAUAGAUGACAAUGUUCAACAUUGAUUACACUUAUUUAUAUUCUUAUUACUCUUAUAGAGUGUGACAUACAUACAGAAAUGGACUGUAAAUACAUUCAUUUAAUUACCUAGUGUGAUAGUGACUAGCUGAUCUGCCUAUACUUGAAACCUCAGAGUAUUAACACUGGGAGAGAAGCUGCCUAUAUGAGACAAAUCCACACAGUAAUCAGAGAUAGGCCAAGUGCAAUAAAACAUCAGCUCUGUAGUUUAUCUCCAACUAUCAGGCAGAAAAGCUUAGAUAGUUUGAAGAACAUUUCUGGGUUUCCCCGUUUCCCAGGCCGUGCAGAUCAUUUUGAAGCUAACGGUGUUCUGUGUUCUCAUGUUUUUCUUCCCUCAAGCCAACAGCCUCAAAGGUUAUAUGAAGAGCACGAAAAUCCAAGUUGUGAAGACAAAAAGCUGAUUACGAAACUUCCUGUUCAUCUCAGGACAAAGAUGGCUGCUCCAAGCUCUCUGUUCAAGAUUAGAAGAUCCCACAUAUGUCAUUUUCAAUGGACUUUAUCUUGCUAAUGGUGGAUGCCAGUCUGGUGAGAAGAUGGUUUGUAUGCCUCCAAGUGUGUCUUCUUCUGGUAUCAAUUGUGAGAGCAGCAGAAGAGCAAUUGAGCAAUAUUCCGGGCAUUUCAUCCCAGUAAUUCCAGGUAUGGACUUGCAAUAUGGAUCAUGGAGCAUGUGAAGAUACAGUUCUACGCAGAUAGUUUUGCUUCAGCCUUCUACAUUGUUUCUGACACAGCUAAAUCUGUCUGUCAAGUUCCCUGAUCUCCUUCAACUUCUAAAGAGCGUAGCUCACUGAAAUGGCGGCACUAAGACCAAGACUCUUAAGGCAAAGUUAAAGAGGAUCCAGAUCUGCAGCAAAAUCGACAGAAUAUAGGACCACAGUAGUUCUCCAGAAGUUCACAGCCUGAGUAUAUGCGGAGCUACCUGCCCGAAUCAACAGCAGUUUUUUCCAGGAAGAUCAAAACGACCUACCAGAGAGAUAAUCCAGAGUGCAUCACAUGAAGUGAAGAUGACCAUGGGAGCAGAUUAACCUGUAAGGCAGCAGAAGAAAUUUGGCAAGUGCAGCUGUAAUCACCUCUGGUGGAUGACAUCGUUUUUGGAGCUUACUUCUCUUGCUCAUGUAGGAGCUAAAAGCAUAAUGGGUUUGUAUAUGUCUUGAGCCUGUGCGCAUAUUUAUGCGUGGUAAGAAGAAGGGACUUGGUUGGUUAUAGUGUAAGAAGUAUUGGUCCAGCAGCAGAUACUGUUAAGAUUUUCAGAUGCCAUAUAUAUAUGUCAAAAUAAAACAAGGUGUCAGGAGUAUGAUCCGAUCCACCUGAUGUUGGCCUUGGGAACAAAAAUGUUAAAGGGUUCUUUAAUUCUUUUUAAUAUUUAAUUCAGGAUUGUGAGGGAAUGUGAUCAGCUAAAGAGAAAGAUUUGAAAGAAUCUUGCAGCAGGAUUGCUUUGUACCUGUUUUAGUCCUUUGACACUUGCUUGUUAAACUUUAAAGUUCUUUGGUGAGCUUAAGGAAUCCGGCCUACCUAUAGUUUUACUCUCUUUGUAGUCCAAAAAUCUUGGCAUAGCUUGCUGUGUUGGAGCAUGAAGAAGACUUUAGUGUAUUUAGUGCCGUUACUGAGCUGAGAUGUUUAUCAUUAGAGUAUCUUUGAGUUAUCUUCAGGUGAAGCAUAUGUUGAAGUGUAAAUAUUGUACAGAACCUCUAUUUGCCUUUUCUGCCCCUGGGAUAAAUGGUUGAAUUUUCCUGUUUACACUGGUAAGUGUUCUUGUAAUUAAGACGUGUACAUUUAAAUGGAAGCUUUUUUAAAACCAAAGUUUCAUUAAAUCAGAUUUUGAAUAAUGGAAAUAUGUAAAAUAUAUAUAUAGAACAUUGAGAGGAUGGUAUAUAAAUAUCCAUGAAUUUCUUGCUUCUCUGUUGGAGAUGGAAGAUUAAACAGUAGUAUGAACAAUUACUAAGGUAUAGCAAUUGCUUCUGGAUAACUAUUUAAAAACAAACAUUAUUGUAAUAAUCCAGGUUUUUAUUUGCAACAGAGUUUUUUUUUUUCUUGUGGGUGAUUAGGUAUUUGUAACAGGUUUUGCUUAUUUUCUUCAUUUUCUUUUCCCCCGCCCCCUGUAUUUCUCAGUGUAAAUGUUUUUCAUCCAUGUGCUGUUGUUUUUAAUUGCCUCCCCAAUUUCUUGCUUCUUUAACCUAUUGCUUAUUUACUGCCCGUUCUCCUAAAAGUUUUUCUUUUUUCUACCAUGCUCACAACGAGAGAAAGAUUUAGUUUCACUACUGUUUCCACACCAGUUAACACCACUGUUACCCUUCUCUGUGCAACAAAGAUUCUGUUUGACUAUCCUUGGUUUUUUGGGCUUUUUUGGCUAUAUAGGGAACAGGCUAUUUGUAUUAACUGGUGUGUUUUAUUGGCAGUAUUUUUUUUUUUUCUUUUUUCUUUUCUUUUUUUUUUUUUUGCUUGUCUGAGACAUUUAAACGAGUAUGUAAGGAUAAGUUGAUAACUUGCUUCGUUGCUUUUCAUUUUUCUGAGUGUAGCGUCUAUUGGUUUGUUCUGUAGAAUGUCUCAUUUUCAUCAUAUAUUUUUCUUUCAUUUGAUGGUAACAUAAAUGACCUGUGUUAGUAACUUGUUGCAAUAUUGACCAGCUUGAUUGUCCUGUGCUGCACUGACCCUGCCACCCCCCACCCCCCAAUCUUCUCCCUGUCUCUCCUUCUCUCAUGCUCUCCUUUUCUCAUUAUCAGAUUUCUCUUUUGUCUUGCAGUCAUGCAUAAUGGAAGCUAAACGAGGGAGGAAAAGAUGAAAAAUGAGAGAGAAACGUGUAUCCAGAGUUGAACUGGACGCUGGAAAGUGACCACACCUAACACAAAAAAUGUAUUCGCUCGGCUACACCUUUAACCAUAACCUUAAAGUCUGUUGCAAUGUGUGUGCAUUUUUUUUUUAAAUGCGCAGUCUUCAUGCUCUUGAUCAUACUGCAAUAUUUCUUACCCACCAUUGUCAGUAAAUGCACUGUCAAAAUUGUUAUAAAGUAAAUUGGUAUGUUCAGAUGUGAUUUGUUCCCCUUUUUACAAUUUUUCGUGACUAUGUAAUGUUUCAAGUUAUGUAGUAUUUUUAGCUUUAUUGGUUCUGGCAGCUUAUUUAGUAAUAGGCUGGGGAACAGAACAUACCUAAACAUAUCAUUUGCAGAUUCCCUUCCACACCAGGUUGUUUUCAUCUGAAUGUAAAAAUUAUUUUAGCUUAAAUGCUUUACAUGAUGAAUCAAAUGAACAGUUUACUCAUGUCUUUUUAGAUUGACAGUUCUCUUAUUUUGAAUGUUUGUUUUGUGGUAAGAUAUACUGUACUAUCCUUGCCUCUUCUAAUGGUCCCAUCCCUGUGUGUAAAUGUGCAUUAAGCUCUCUCUUCCUCUGGUCCUCUUCUGAUUUUGACUGCUUCAUACCUCUUUAGUUCCAUAGUAAUUGUUUUGCUUUAUUUUGAUGCCUUUCCUCUUAAAUGUUCUCAUCUCUCAUAGGUUGUGUUCUUUAACUAGUUCUCAUCCUUUGUUGCUUUCUCUUGACUUCUGUCUCUUCCUUCUCCUUUCUCUUUCUUUUCUUUUCUCCCCCAUGUGCUUUAUAACGAAUAUGUAAGGGUCACGUAUAUAUCUGCUCUGUUCUUGGCAGUAAGUAUUUCCCGCAUCAUCUGAUUGCUUCUCUGCCUUUUCUUACAGCUCAAAAGUUUAACAUCUGAACAUCAGCUUUGAGCUAAAGGACAAUGUAAAUACUUUAUCUGUAUAUAUUGUACUGCUGAAAUAAAUCAGAAAGAAAUUA